UUUGUACAUAUCUGGUGCAAUCCAAUUGGUGUCAUUCAUCUUACUCGCUUGUUAUAAAGAAAAGAGAGAUGGAGUUCAUUGGGUUCUUUCAAGUUCUCAUCGUCGUCACUUCCAUCGGUACUCUGUUGUACACGUGCUUCAGAUCAUUAACAUUUUCUUGUUGGUCUUUUUUGAUAGGAUGCUGUUAGUAAUUGUUGGUUGUUAGUGCUAAGUAUCAUAUCUGUUAGUAAUUGUUGAUUGUUAGUGCCAAUAAUAAUUGGUUGGUUAGAGAUAAGAUUUGGGAAAUAUCUUGUAACUGCCUUAGCUUGCAGUUCGGUAUAAAUACUGAACACUUGUGCAAAUGCAGGGCAUAUCUUGUAAAAGAAGUUGUUGAAUGAUACUGAGAGGAAUAUUACUGUACAAGUGUAAGGUUAGAACAAUGGGUUGUAUUAUUGGUAUCAGCCAGUAACAAACCUCCACGUUUUCCUUCUUGUAUGACGAGAGCAACGACGCGUGCCAAAACCAUGGAUACACGAUUAGCAGCUCUUGAAGGUUCGGUUCAGGAAAUCCAAUCUUCCGUCGCAACGAUCGGGUCGACAAUGCAGAAUCUGUCCGCUGUAAUCGCAUCAAUGGAGUCUCGAUUGGAGUUUCAUUUUUCAGGCGCUGAUCGUCCUCAUCGUGCUCAUGCUGACCAUGGUGAUUCUGCAAAUCAAAUGGGUGGGUCGGAAGAAACCUUGUCUGAUCCAAUUGCUCAUAUGGGUCGGCGUUUUCCCCGUCAAGAUUCGUCGGGCGAUGAUGAUAUCCCAGCCCCUCGAGAAAAGUAUGAUGAUGAUGAUGAUUGUAUCCCAGCCCCUUUAGAAAAGUAUGAUGUGUUUAUUAGUUUCAGAGGUGAGGACACCCGCAAUACUUUUACUAGCCAUCUUCACGCUGCCUUACUCCGGAAGAAAAUUGAAACCUACAUAGAUUACAGACUUGUGAGAGGGGGUGAAAUUGCACCUGCCCUUCUAGAAGCAAUCGAGAAAUCUACGCUUUCGUUGGUCAUUUUCUCACAAAACUAUGCAUCUUCCACCUGGUGCUUGGAUGAACUUGCACAUAUACUACACUGCAGGGAAAAAUAUGGCCAGUUGGUUAUUCCCAUUUUUUACGGCACCGGUCCAUCAACGGUACGAAAACAAAAGGGGAGUUAUGAAGUUGCAUUUGCUCAACAUGAAAAACGUUUCAAGGGCGCUAUCGGCAAGGUGAACGUGUGGAGGGCUGCUUUGACGACUGCAGCUAAUCUAUCUGGCUUCUCAAACGCAACAGGGACGGAGGCCGAUUUAGUUACGGAAGUUGUAAACGAAAUUUGGAGCCAGCUGAAUAGAAAAUCGUCAAGUGUUUUAAAGGGCCUUGUUGGAAUGGAAAGAUGCAUUCAUGAAAUUGAGUCAUCAUUAUGCAUUGAUUCACUUGAUGUAUACACUGUAGGUAUUUGGGGCAUGGGUGGCAUUGGCAAGACCACCCUUGCUGAUGCUGUGUUUCAUCGACUCUCUUCUAAAUUUGAAGCUUCUUGUUUUCUUGAAAAUGUGAGGGAGAAAUCGGCAAAAGAUGGACUAGUUCACCUGCGAAACACACUUCUUAGUGAGAUAUUAAAGGAAAAUGAUCUAAACAUCGGCACUCCAACUAUAGGAUCAGAUCUUGUUAGAAAGAGGAUGGGAAGUACGAAGGUCCUCAUUGUUCUUGAUGAUGUAAGUGAUUCAAAGCAAUUAAAUUUUCUAGCUGGAGAUCCUGCUCUGUUUGGCCCCGGAAGUAGAGUAAUUAUAACAACUAGAGAUAAGAGCCUACUUCAGAAAAGUGUUGAACAUAAGAUAUACGAGGUUCAGGAAUUAAAUUCUGAUGAAGCUUUUCAACUCUUUCAUUUGAGUGCUUUUGGAAAUAACAUUUCUAGAGUCGAUUGUGCAGAGUUGUCAAAACUUGUGGUAGAUUAUUGUGGAGGGAUUCCAUUAGCUCUUCAAAUUUUGGGUUCCUCAUUCCUUCAAUGUGAGAGCAAAGAAGAUUGGCUGGAUGAAUGGAAAGAAUUUCCAAGAGAAAAGAUCUGGAAAGUGUUGAGAUCAAGUUAUGAUGGAUUAAAAGAAAUUGAGAAGGAGAUAUUUCUUGAUAUAGCAUGUUUUUAUCAAGGGAAAGAUGUGUACAUUGUAAAAGAAAUGCUAGAUAUAUGUGGUUUUCGUGCAUCGGUAAUUGGAGCUCUGAUUGAUAAGUCUCUCAUAUCAAUUUCAACAAAUAACAGCCUGCAGAUGCAUAAUUUGUUACAAGAAAUGGGUAGGUCAAUUGUUCGUGAACAAUGUAUUGAAGAGCCCGAAAAAUGCAAUAGGUUAUUUGUUGAUGAGGAUUUCAAUCGGGAAUUGAAAACUAAUACGGGAAGUGCAACGCUACAAGCCAUUUUCUUUAACAGGUCUGCGAUUAAAGGGAUACUCUUGGAUCAUGCAGACUUCGAAAAUAUGUAUGAUCUAAGGUUGCUAUACGUUUAUAAUUCUAGCCGUAACAAGUACUGCAACGUAAAAGUUUCUCUUCCCCAUUCUCUUACUUAUCUUGACUGGGAGGGAUACCCUUUCAAAUCUUUGCCAUCAAAACUUUGUCCGGAAAAUCUUGUUGAGCUUCAAAUGCGGAACAGCCAAGUUGAGCAACUUUGGAAUGAAGGCCAGAAUCUUAUGAAAUUAAGAGUGAUGGAUCUUGGUUUGUCCAGAACUCUGAUGAAAGUUCCAGAUCUCUCCCGAAGUCCAAACAUUGAGCAUAUAAAUCUGAGUGGAACUGCAAUUGAAAGCCUACCUGAAAGCAUUGGUAAUUUGAAAUCUCUUGAGAAACUUGAUCUGAGUGGAACUGUGAUCAAGUGCCUACCUGCAAGCAUCAAAGAAGCUUCUCGGCUGAUUAGUCUGCAGUUAACCAAUUGCAGGAGCCUUGAAUCUUUACCAGAGCUUCCAGGGGUACGUUGGCUUCAAGCACAUGGAUGCACAUCACUCAAGCAAGUGUUGAGCUCAAAGACUGCGCUUACAUUAGGUUGGGAUGAGUAUAAAAAUUCUCAAGGACUUCAAGAGCAACUUACAUUUUCAAAUUGCAUAGAAAUGGGAUGGGAUGCUUGGUGUGAUUCGCAGUUUAGAAUUAUGCGAAUGGCAACUGCAUUGUCAAAGCACUUUAAACAAGAAGAUAUUGAAGUAGCAUCUCAUCUUGAGUUUGAAGAAGAAAGUAAAGAAUAUGUUUUUAGAUCUCCAGUCUGCGUUGUAUGUCCUGGAAAUAUAAUUCCAAGAUGGUUUUCAUAUGAAGUUGAUAAAUCUUUACUAUGGAUCAAACUUGGUCCAAACUUCUUUGACACUAAUUUUUUGGGUUUCGCUUAUUCGGUUGUUGUUGCAUUCAAGAAUUAUAAUGUUGGAGGGAGUUUGAGGGUUGGAUGUAAAAUCAAUUUCAAAGGCUAUGGUGAUCAUUGUAUCUAUCAUCAGAGUUGCAUGGUUGCCGAAUAUGGAGAAAUCAAUGAGAGCAAGUUUGAAACGCCUCACGUGUGCAUCUGGUUUAGUACCUUUGACCAUUUAAAGCAAGGAAGCUUUAAUGGCGUCACUAAGGCCAUAUUUGACUUCUACCCAAUAAUAGAUGAUUGUCCUGAUGGCGGAGUCGUUGAUUAUUCCAUGAUUAAGGUGACAAAGUGUGGGAUCUUCCCAAUGUACGCCCCAGUUGUUGAUUUGAUAUUGGCAUCAAGGAUGAAACAGGUGAGGGAGCUAAACGUAGAAGCACACGAAUCAUUUCCUCAUUUAGUAGAUCUCAUGUUUAACAGGAGGGCAGUCAUUGGUAAUUUGAAAUUUCUUGAUCUGAGAGGAACCGCUAUUAAAAACCUACCUGCAAGCAUUGGUAAUUUGAAAUCUCUUGAGAAACUUGAUCUGAGUGGAACUGCGAUCAAGUGCCUACCUGCAAGCAUUGGUAAUUUGAAAUCUCUUGAGAAACUUGAUCUGAGUGGAACUGCGAUCAAGUGCCUACCUGAAAGCAUUGGUAAUUUGAAAUCUCUUGAGAAACUUGAUCUGAGUGGAACUGUGAUCAAGUGCCUACCUGCAAGCAUCAAAGAAGCUUCUCGGCUGAUUAGUCUGCAGUUAACCAAUUGCAGGAGCCUUGAAUCUUUACCAGAGCUUCCAGGGGUACGUUGGCUUCAAGCACAUGGAUGCACAUCACUCAAGCAAGUGUUGAGCUCAAAGACUGCGCUUACAUUAGGUUGGGAUGAGUAUAAAAAUUCUCAAGGACUUCAAGAGCAACUUACAUUUUCAAAUUGCAUAGAAAUGGGAUGGGAUGCUUGGUGUGAUUCGCAGUUUAGAAUUAUGCGAAUGGCAACUGCAUUGUCAAAGCACUUUAAACAAGAAGAUAUUGAAGUAGCAUCUCAUCUUGAGUUUGAAGAAGAAAGUAAAGAAUAUGUUUUUAGAUCUCCAGUCUGCGUUGUAUGUCCUGGAAAUAUAAUUCCAAGAUGGUUUUCAUAUGAAGUUGAUAAAUCUUUACUAUGGAUCAAACUUGGUCCAAACUUCUUUGACACUAAUUUUUUGGGUUUCGCUUAUUCGGUUGUUGUUGCAUUCAAGAAUUAUAAUGUUGGAGGGAGUUUGAGGGUUGGAUGUAAAAUCAAUUUCAAAGGCUAUGGUGAUCAUUGUAUCUAUCAUCAGAGUUGCAUGGUUGCCGAAUAUGGAGAAAUCAAUGAGAGCAAGUUUGAAACGCCUCACGUGUGCAUCUGGUUUAGUACCUUUGACCAUUUAAAGCAAGGAAGCUUUAAUGGCGUCACUAAGGCCAUAUUUGACUUCUACCCAAUAAUAGAUGAUUGUCCUGAUGGCGGAGUCGUUGAUUAUUCCAUGAUUAAGGUGACAAAGUGUGGGAUCUUCCCAAUGUACGCCCCAGUUGUUGAUUUGAUAUUGGCAUCAAGGAUGAAACAGGUGAGGGAGCUAAACGUAGAAGCACACGAAUCAUUUCCUCAUUUAGUAGAUCUCAUGUUUAACAGGAGGGCAGUCAUUGGUAAUUUGAAAUUUCUUGAUCUGAGGGGAACCGCUAUUAAAAACCCUACCUGCAAGCAUUGGUAAUUUGAAAUCUCUUGAGAAACUUGAUCUGAGUGGAACUGCGAUCAAGUGCCUACCUGCAAGCAUUGGUAAUUUGAAAUCUCUUGAGAAACUUGAUCUGAGUGGAACUGCGAUCAAGUGCCUACCUGAAAGCAUUGGUAAUUUGAAAUCUCUUGAGAAACUUGAUCUGAGUGGAACUGUGAUCAAGUGCCUACCUGCAAGCAUCAAAGAAGCUUCUCGGCUGAUUAGUCUGCAGUUAACCAAUUGCAGGAGCCUUGAAUCUUUACCAGAGCUUCCAGGGGUACGUUGGCUUCAAGCACAUGGAUGCACAUCACUCAAGCAAGUGUUGAGCUCAAAGACUGCGCUUACAUUAGGUUGGGAUGAGUAUAAAAAUUCUCAAGGACUUCAAGAGCAACUUACAUAUUCAAAUUGCAAAGGAAUGGGAUGGGAUGCAUGGCGUGAUAUAGUUACUGAUUCACAGAUUAGAAUUAUGCGAAUGGCAACUGCGUUAUCGAAGUAUUUUACACAAGAGGAAAUUAAAGUGGCAUUUCAUCUUGAAUUUGAAGAAGAAAGUAAUGAAUAUGUUUUUAAAUCUCCAGUUUGCAUUGUAUGUCCGGGAAGUGCAAUUCCAAGAUGGUUCCCAAAUGAAGUUGAUAAAUCUGUACUACGGAUCGAACUUGGUUCAAACUUCUUUAACGCUAAUUUUUUGGGUUUCGCUUAUUCUGUUGUUGUUGCAUUCAAGAAUUAUAAUGUUGGAGGGAGUUUGAGGGUUGGAUGUAAAAUCAAUUUCAAAGACUCUUGUGAUCAUCGUGUCCAUCAUCGGAGUUGCAUGGUUGCCGAAUAUGGGGAAAUCAAUGAGUGCAAGUUUGAAACGCCUCACGUGUUCAUCUGGUUUAGUACCUUUGACCAUGUAAAGCAAGGAAGCUACAAUGGCGUCACCGAGGCCAUAGUUGACUUCUACCCAAUGACAGAUGAUCUUCCUGAUGGCAGAGCCGUUGAUUGUUCCAAGAUAAAGGUGACAAGGUGUGGGGUCUUCCCAAUGUAUGCCCCAGUUGAUUCGAUAUUGGCAUCGAGGAUGAAACAGGUGAGGGAGCUAAACAUAGAGGCACACGAAUCAUUUCCUUAUUUAGUCGAUGUCAUGUUUAACAGGAGGGCAGCCAGACAUGAUCUAAGUCUCUGAAUUAUUUUGUAAUUUACAUGCUGUUUCUUUAUUUGUGCAAUUGAGAUAUACAAGUCAACUACUACAAUUGCUAAACUAAGUUUUCAUCUAGUCUCUGCCCUCCAGUCAACUGCUAUCACAUCUCUUACCAGCUAUUGCUUUGAGAGUCCUAAGGAGGGAAAUCCGUCCUUCGUCUUUGUCUAUUCAGUCCGAACAGAUCUAUUCUAGUUCUUUAAGAAGAAGACUAGCUUGGAUCUGAAAUUCUCACACCAGUUGGCACUUUAUGUUGCUCGUCCUCAAUCCAUAUAACCACUGUCUUUGUAAAUUUAGUCUGCAAAACAUCCUAGGCCUUAAUUUAAGGAGCCUGGCUUUACCUCA